AUGUCCGAGCACUGGAAUAGCACGUCGAAUUGGCAGCCGCCGAGGAGACACGACGAACCGAAGCCGAUCCCGAUCCCAACGAAUUCCGGCAGCAAGCACAUCGCUUCGCCACGCAGCGAAUCGUAUGGAGGUGGCUCGCUGCCCCGGCAGGUUGUCGAGAAUAUCCUUCACGGAUCGCCGUGCACCCCGAAACAGCCCGAAUUCUUCCAUGCUGUCGAGAAUCCGUUUAUGCACAAAAAUGUGUGUAUUCCCCAGCCGCAGCCGUAUCCGCCGCAGGCCGGUAAUUUGCUGCCCGGAACGCCGGAAGUGCCGAUGUUCCUGAACACAUUCACACCGAUGGGUCACACUACCUGGAAUGGUCUGCCCACGAUGGGUCCUCGUCCGAUGGGCGGUCAGCCGCAACAGGCCCCGGUGUCGCCUCCGCAUCAGCAGCUCUCGCCGGCCCACGGCAUGCCCUUCUCCGCGCUUUCACCAACUCCUUCGAACGACUACCACGCGUCCGUCUUCUCAACAUCUCCUCCCAACCCAUCGCCCAUGCCGAACAUGGUCAAUGGUCAGAUGGCAAUGAAGACUGAGGCUGUUCCGCCGCCCAUGCCCUUGCCGCAAAAUGCCAUUCAAGAACUGUUGAUGAACCCAGCUCUGGUCAUGGCAGCACAACAGCUUCUUGCUCAACAACAACAGCAGCAGCUGCUACAGGCGGCCGCCGCUCAGCUGCUCAACAACCAGAACCAAUUCAAUUCCCAUCAACAACAACUACCGAUCCAGUUGCUCCAACAGCUCAAACUCAACCCGAACAUGCUGUCGAUGCAGCAGCCCGGCUUCCCGAUGAACCAACAGAUGAAUCCCUUCCAAUUGGCUGCUGACAACUAUCAGAACGGCGGAAAACGACAACAACGCCAGAACGACACGUUCACAAUGAGCACCCAGAAGCACAGUCCAAUGUUGGAAGAUCUGAAGAACAACCGGGGAACCAAUCUCUCGUUGCGUGACAUUGGCUCCUGCAUGUGCGAGUUUGCCAUGGAUCAGCACGGAUCGAGGUUCAUCCAGCAAAAGCUCGAACGUGCCGAUCUCGAGGAGAAAACGCUCGUCUAUGAUGCUAUCCGCGAGAACUCGCUGAAGUUGAUGACGGACGUCUUUGGAAACUACGUCGUUCAGAAAUUCUUCGAGCACGGCACCGAGGAGCAAAAGGCAGGCGUGUGCGCGCUGUUCAAGGGUCGCGUACAGGACUUGGCGCUGCAGAUGUACGGCUGCCGGGUGAUUCAGAAGUCGAUCGAGACCUGCCCCGAUCCGAUCAAGGAAGAAGUAGUUGCGGAGUUGAAGGGACAGGUCAUCCGCUUCAUCACCGAUCAAAAUGGAAACCAUGUGAUGCAGAAGAUUAUCGAGAAACUGCCACCGCCCCGACUCCAGUUCAUCCUCGACGCCAUCGCCGAGCGAGACAACGGCGUCAUCGAGCUGUCCACGAAUUCGUACGGUUGCCGUGUGAUCCAGCGUCUUCUCGAACACUGCAACAAGGCGCAGAAGGAGCCGAUCAAGCGUCAUCUCUAUAAGAACAUUGACCGAUUGCUGACCGACCAAUACGGCAACUAUGUGAUCCAGCAUCUCGUUGAGCGUGGCGACUCGUACGACUGGGACUUGAUCACGGCAGCGAUCAAAGACAAAGUCUUCCCAUUGUCGCAGAACAAGUUCUCGUCGAACGUCAUCGAGCGCAUUCUGCAGUUCGCCUCACAAUACCACAAGAAUCUCCUUAUUGCGGAAGUCUGUGAGCCGUCCGACCAAGGCCAGCCGUUGAUGCAGAUGAUGAAGGACCAAUACGCCAACUACGUCGUCCAGAAAAUGCUUGAUGAGGCCGACUCGACCCACAGAAAAAAGAUGCUGAUCGCGAUAAAGCCACACAUACAGCAGUUGAAGAAGGUCAAUUAUGGAAAGCACAUCAUGGCGAAAAUCGAAAAGAAACUUGGAGCACAAAUGGAGCAGCCGAUGCGCUACCACCAGGCAAUA